AAAUGUUUUAAUGAGCCGCUUUAAAGUAUAAAUUUGGGCAGAGAUUAGCCCCGCUGCUAGCAGCUUUAGCUUGGUCAGCACGGCUGCGCGUUAAGAAGCUAACCAGGUUAGCGGUCACUGCUAACCGGACGGUUAACUGUCGCUCUUCCCACAGAGACACCGAACCGGACCGGACCGGCAGCUGUAACCGGACUCCCGCCUGUGUGACCGACCUGAGCUCCUCUCAGACCCGGACCAUGUCCCCUCCUUAACCGCAGCUCCAGAACCCCGCGGCUCGGUUCGGUUCGCCAUAAUCCCGGCUUCCAGAUCCCGGUUCCCGCUGUGCUCGGAGGCAUGGCUCGGUCCACGGCGGUGAAGCUGCUGUGGUUCGGGACCAGGAUGGUCAGAACCGGACUCCUCCGGCCUCUGCACACAGGUUGCUCCUCAACAGAACCGAGGACUGGGUUCAAACCGGAGAGGGUCGCCGUGGUGACUAAAACCACCCGGUAUGAGUUCGAACAGCAGCGGUACCGGUACGCUGGACUCUGUGAAGAGGACCUGAAGCAGCUGCUCGCCAUGAAGGGCUCCAGCUACAGCGGCCUGCUGGAGAGGCACAACAUUCACACCAACAACGUGGAGCACAUUCUGGAGAGCCUGCAGAGGCGAGGCAUCAAGGUGCGAGUGGUGAAGAGAGGAGAAUAUAACGAGGAGGUGGUCCGAUGGGCCGACGCCAUCAUCUCUGCUGGAGGCGACGGGACGAUGCUGCUGGUCGCCAGUAAAGUUCUGAACAAGGACAAGCCGGUGGUGGGAGUCAACACGGACCCUGAGAGGUCCGAAGGUCACCUCUGCCUGCCUGUGCGCUACACCCGCGCCUUCCCAGAGGCUCUGGACAAGCUCAGCCGUGGUGAGUUCAGGUGGCUGUGGCGUCAGCGGAUCCGGCUGCACCUGGAAGGGACGGGCAUUAACCCCACGCCGGUGGACCUGCAUGAGCAGCAGCUGAGCCUGGAGCAGCACCACCAGGCCCACCGCAUCACCGCCCUGGACCAGCAGCACCGAAGCGGGUCGCUGCACGGUUCCUACUCCAAGCCCUGCCUGCUUCCUGUGCGCAGCCUCAACGAGAUCUUCAUCGGGGAGUCUCUGUCCUCCAGGGCCAAGUUCAAAGCCCUCAAACAUCAUGUCACACUCUUGCUCCAUAGGGCCUCCUACUACGAGAUCUCUGUGGACCACGGGCCCUGGGAGAAACAGAAGAGCUCCGGCCUCAGCGUCUGCACAGGAACCGGCUCCAAGGCCUGGUCCUACAACAUCAACAAACUGGCCGACCAGUCCGUGGAGGAGGUUCUGAAGAUCGCAGCGUCUCAGGCUGGAGUUGAGUUCCCGCUCAGCAGGGAGUUCAUAGAAAGAGUAACCGAGGAGUACAACGAGUCUCUGGUGUUCAGCCCUGAGGAGCGGCGCCUGUUCUACAGCGUCAGGGAACCCAUCAGCAACCGGGUGUUCUCCAGCAGCCGGCAGAGAGGCUUCGCCAACAAGGUGAGCGUUCGUUCUCGCUGCUGGGACGCCUGCAUGGUGGUGGACGGCGGAACCUCCUUCGAGUUCAACGACGGCGCCAUCGCCUCCGUCAGCACCAGCGAGGAGGACCGGCUCCGGACCGUUCUCCUGGAGAACUGAGCCGGGUCGGCAGAACCUCAGCCGGGCCGCAGGGAGGUUCUGGCCUCCAGCCUCAUCGGGUUCCCGUCAUGAAGGAGGCAGUGACGGGUUCUAGUUCCAGGAUCGGACCGUAGAGACAGACGGCAGCAGCGCAGUGAAGGUUCUGGUCGUUCUCAGACCCGCAACGGUUCUGAUCCGAUGGAUUCAGAGGAUCUUUGUCUCAUUAAACGAGCUUCAGACUGUUCCACCGAGGAACCGAACCAAACUGCUCCAGUGAGACGACGACCCGAGAGGAGCAGCAGGUUCUGCUGACUCAGUCAGAACUCGCACCAGACUUCUGCUUUAAGACCCAUAACCGGUUCCGUCUACCCAUCGCCGGUUCUAAGCGGUUCCGUCUACCCAUCACUGGUUCUAAGCGGUUCCGUCUACCCAUCACUGGUUCUAAGCGGUUCCGUCUACCCAUCAUUGGUUCUAAGCAGUACCGUCUACCCAUCAUUGGUUAUAACCGGUUCCGUCUACCCAUCACAGGUUCUAAGCGGUUCCGUCUACCCAUUACUGGUUCUAACCGGUUCCGUCUACCCAUCGCCGGUUCUAAGCGGUUCCAUCUACCCAUCAUUGGUUCUAAGCGGUUCCGUCUACCCAUCGCUGGUUAUCACCGGUUCUGUCUACCCAUUACUGGUUCUAACCGGUUCCGUCUACCCAUCAUUGGUUAUAACCGGUUCCGUCUACCCAUCAUUGGUUAUAACCGGUUCCGUCUACCCAUUACUGGUUCUAACCGGUUCCGUCUACCCAUCACCAGUUCUAAGCGGUUCCGUCUACCCAUCACCGGUUCUAACCGGUUCCGUCUACCCAUCACCAGUUCUAAGCGGUUCCGUCUACCCAUCACUGGUUCUAACAGGUUCCGUCUACCCAUCAUUGGUUCUAAGCGGUUCCGUCUACCCAUCACUGGUUCUAACCGGUUCCGUCUACCCAUCAUUGGUUCUAAGCAGUACCGUCAACCCAUUACUGGUUAUAACCGGUUCCGUCUACCCAUCGCCGGCUCUAAGCGGUUCUGGUUCUAUGCGGUUCUGGUUCUAGGCGGUUCCAUGUACCCAUGUUUGACCCAUAAGUGAAUGCAGAGUUGCGUAAUAAAUGAUUUUAUCUGCAGAACGAC